AUGCGCCGAGAUAUAGGGAACUGGCUCAAGCAGUGCACGGCUUGCCAGCAGUCCACAAUUUCGCGCUACAACCAGCUUUUCCCUGCUGAUUUCAUGGCACGAGACUGUCGUUUUCGCCACGUCCAUAUGGACAGUGUCGGUCCUCUGCCUUUAAGCAAGGGAUUUCGGUAUUGCUUAACGAUGUUCGAUCGCUUCUCCCGGUGCCCUGAAGCGGUCUUUAAAGCCUUACUCCAACUUAUAGGCUGUAAUCGCAUUCCGACCACCGCUCACCAUCCUGCCGCAAACAAAAUAAUUAAGCGUUGGCACAGAUGCCUAUCAGCAGCAAUCAUGUGUCAUACUGACAAAGAAUGGUCUCAAACAGUCUCAACCGUCCUUCUAGGAUUACGAUCCAACGUCCUUGACAUCGGGUCAUCGCCGGCUGAUUUCGUUUUUGGAACUACGCUACGCAUCCCGGGCGAGUUGGUUCUACCCGAGGAUUUUGCUCCGGAUCCACCUAUGUUCAUCGCAGAAUUUCGGGAACAUAUGCGAAAAAUAAAGCCUAUCCCAGUAGGACAUAAAUAUAAACGGAAACCAUUUUUAUUCAAGGAUUUAACAGUUUGUUCGCAUGCUUUUAUGCGCAACCAUGCAAAGAAAUAUCUUGAACGGCCCUGCACUAGUCCUCACAAAGUAAUUAGUCGAACUUCUGACCGCGUAUACAAAGUUGACGUCAAUGGAACUAAACGCGAAGUGUCUAUCGAACACUUGAAACUGGCAUAUUUCAUGCGCGAGGACAUCGAAAGCAUUUUCCAAUUCAAGGAGAAUCUGUUAACGGAACGGGUUUAG